CCCGGGACCGGCUCAGGGAUGGGAAGUGAAGCCCCCGGAGCUGCGGCAGCGGCGGCGCUGUGAGGAGCAGCCAGGGGGAGGCAGCUGCGGCUCGUCGGUGAGUAUCUGGGAGGCGCUACCAUGGCGUUUCGUAAGAAGAGCACCAAGAACCCCCCAGUCCUGAGCCACGAAUUCAUCCUGCAGAAUCAUGCGGACCUCGUCGCCUGUGUGGGGAUGUUCUUCGUGCUGGGGCUUAUGUUCGAGGGAACAGCAGAAGCGUCUAUCGUUUUUAUUACUCUUCAGCACAGCGUUACCUUCCCUGCAGCAGAAGACCGAGCCACAGAAUCAAAGUUCCUUUACUAUUACGGCAUCAAAGACCUGGCCACGGUUUUCUUUUACAUGCUAGUGGCAAUCAUCAUUCACGCCACAAUUCAGGAGUAUGUGUUGGAUAAAAUCAACAGGCGAAUGCAGUUCCCCAAACCGAAACAAAGCAAAUUUAAUGAAUCUGGUCAGUUCAGUGUAUUCUACCUUGUCUCUUGUAUUUGGGGCACAUUCAUUCUAAUUUCUGAAAACUGUCUGGCAGACCCAACUCUCUUAUGGAGGGCUCAUCCCCAUAAUAUGAUGACAUUUCAAAUGAAGUUUUUCUACAUAUCACAGUUGGCUUACUGGUUUCAUGCCUUCCCCGAACUCUAUUUCCAGAGAACCAAAAAGCAAGAUAUCCCUCGUCAACUUGUCUACAUUGGCCUUCACCUCUUUCACAUCGCUGGAGCUUACCUCUUGUACUUGAACCAUCUAGGACUCGUUCUCUUGAUGAUGCAUUAUUUCGUGGAAUUACUUUCCCACAUUUGUGACCUGUUUUAUUUUAGCGAUGAAAAGUAUCAGAAAGAGGUUUCUCUAUGGGCAAUUGUGUUUAUUUUGGGUCGACUUGUGACUUUAAUUGUUUCUGUACUGACUGUUGGCUUUCACCUGGCCGGAGGGCAGAAUCGGAAUCCGGAUGGCAUUACUGGAAACGUAAAUGUGUUGGCAGCUAAAAUUGCUGUUCUGUCCUCCAGUUGCACUAUCCAGGCAUACAUAACAUGGAAUUUAUUUAAUGUUCAACUUCAGAGGUGGAUGGAGGAAGAUGCUACUCUUCAGGCCCCAAGUGUGAAGAAGAAACGGACCAAAGGGAGGUCUUCUAGAAAAGGGACAGAAAAUGGUGUGGCAGCUUCACACAGAGUAGACUCUCCCCAUAAAAAGAAAGAGAAAUCUUCAUAAUGAAUUGCAAGCUAAUCGAUUAUGGUCCCCAAAGAAGUCUGCUCUUUACUACAAGAUACCUUUCUGUGCUAGAGAUUUUUCUCUUCUUGAAAAUAGUUUGUGCUGUCUUUGGUUUCUGAUAUUGUACUGUGUAAUGUAUUUUUUUAAAGGUAUUUGAGGAGAGGAUGAUCAUCAUGAGUGGAAAAAAUUUUGAUAUAGAUUAAGCGACUCAUCAUCAAAUGGUUCAGGGAUCACCACCAUAAUUUGUUUAGUUCCCUUUGAACAUUUUCCUAAUGAUGUGUAGCUAUAACUACCAAAUUCCGCAUAUCAGCGGCACAAUUUCUGGCUCCUGCUAAUCUUUUAUAACAUUAGCAAGGUGGUCUGUUAUAGCAAUGUCGUAUUUGUUAAAGUUCUCUUUUAGGAUAAAGUGGAAAUAUUAUGGAGGUGGAAUUCAACUUUGUUACAUUUUCAGUAUCCUCUCUUACAAUUUUUUUUUAUUUCUAUUUUUGUUUUUAUUUUUAUUUUUUUAGAACUUACAACUGGAGAAAAAAUUUGUAAAGCCACCAAAAUAAUGAUGCGUUUUAUAGGUAGUGGUUAUUAGUGUUACAUCGCCCUUAAAAAUAAAAAAAAAAAUACUAAUGGGGAAUGUGUGAAGAUUUAUUACCAUAUAUUAAAUCAAAAUAUCUUGAAUUAAUAUAAAAGUAUUACUGAAGAGGUAAAAACAUUCUUGUCCAUUGUAAACACUUGUAAACUAGAAAUGAAAAAAAAUUAAAUAUUUACUGUAAAAGGAAAUCAGACUUAGCUUUUUUUUGCUUUGUUUAUUAAAAAUUAUUCCUAAUGAGGCUUGUUAUAAGUUUGGUAUCCACAGCAUCUUGGAAAAAUAUUGUUUAACCUGUAAAUCAUUUUGAAAACCAAUGCUUACUUGAUUUAUAUCUAUAAAAAGAGUGGAUAAUUCCGUGUGGAAAACAUAACACAUUAAGUAACUUACAAAUUAGGGGGAUGUAUAGUCUUAUGAAAGGCUUUUCAAAAAUAAUGUUAUAACGAUAGUGCUGUUUCCAUCUU